AUGUCAUAUAAUCCCCUUCUGAAUAAUAAUCAAGACCCAUUCAGUGAUAAUAUACUAACAAUUGAACAACCAAUUGCAAUACAUCGAGAUCCAUUUGAAGAAGAAACUAUAGUUGAUCACAAUUCUUCAAAUGAUGAAUCACCACCACAAAAUUUACUUGAUUUAAAUGGUAAUAAAAAUGGAAAGACUGGUAGUUCGAGUUCUGAUGGACAUAAUGAAUUACAAUCUGAAGAUGAUGAUGAAUUCGAUCCAAUACAAUUUAAACAAUCAGAAGAUAAUGAACAAGAAGAUAUUGAUGAAUUUAAUAGAAGUUCAACUGAUGAUUAUGAUGAUGAUACUGAUGAUUUUGGUAAUCAUUACAAUUUAAAUUUUAAUAAUAAACAAUAUACUUCACAACUAAGUUUUAAGGGGAAUAAAUUAGUUUAUUUUACAUCGGCUUUUGUUAGUUUAUUUGUUAGUUUAUUUGGAUAUGAACAAGGUGUAUGUAGUGGAAUUUUAGCAUUUGAUACUUUUAAUAGAUAUUUUCAUGAUCCAAGUGCUGCUACUAUUGGUGUUGUUAUAUCUAUAUUGGAAAUUGGUGCAAUGAUAAGUUCAAUUUUAGUUGCUAAAAUAUCUGAUGGAUUUGGAAGAAAAAGAACUAUUUUGUUGGGAACUUUUAUUUUUAUGAUUGGUGGAACUUUACAAUCUUUUUGUCCUAAUAUGUUUGUAUUUGCAAUAGGAAGAGUAUUUAGUGGUAUUGGUGUUGGGAUUUUAUCCACUAUUGUACCAUCAUAUCAAUGUGAAAUUAGUCCGAGUGAAGAAAGAGGGAAAUUAGUAUGUGGAGAAUUUACAGGUAAUAUAAGUGGAUACGCUUUAAGUGUUUGGGUAGAUUAUUUUUGUUAUUUUAUUCAAGAUAUUAAAGAUACUAGAUCAAAACCUCAUUCAUUUUUAGCUAAUUUAAGUUGGAGAUUACCUUUAUUUAUUCAAGUUGUGUUAGCGUUUGUUUUAUUUAUUGGUGGAUUUUUCAUUGUUGAAAGUCCUCGUUGGUUAUUAGAUAAUGAUAUGGAUCAACAAGGGUUUAAUGUAUUAAGUUUAUUAUAUGAUUCUCAUAAAUCUACAAAUAAACCUAAAAUUGAAUUUUUUAUGAUUAAAAAUUCUAUAUUAAAAGAGAGGAAAUUAACCCCCAAAUCUGAAAGAACAUGGAAACAUUUAUUUAUGAAUUAUAAAAGAAGAAUAUUUGUUGCUUGUUCUUCAUUAAUUUUUGCUCAAUUUAAUGGUAUUAAUAUUAUUUCAUAUUAUGCACCUAUGGUAUUUUUAGAAGCUGGGUUUAAUCAAUCUGGUGCUUUACUAAUGACUGGUAUUAAUGGGAUAAUUUAUUUAUUAUCUACUAUACCACCUUGGUUCUUAGUUGAUAAAUGGGGUAGGAGACCAAUAUUAGUUACAAGUGGAUUAGCAAUGGGGGUAUGUUUAGUUUUAGUUUCUGUUUUCAUGCUUUUAAAUAAAAGUUAUACACCAAUACUAGUUGCAAUAUUAGUUAUUAUAUAUAAUGCAUCAUUUGGAUUUGGAUUUGGACCAAUUCCAUUUUUAUUAUCAGGAGAAUCAUAUCCAUUAUCAGUUAGAUCAAAAGGUGUCAGUCUUGCAGUUUCAUGUAAUUGGUUAAGUAAUUUUAUAGUUGGAUUAUUUGCACCAAUUAUGAGACAAAAUAUUAAAUGGGCAAUGUAUUUAUUCCCAGCUGGAUCAUGUAUAAUUAGUGUAAUUUGUGUUAUACUAUUUUACCCCGAGACUAAAGGUAUAGAAUUAGAACAAAUUGAUGAAAUUUUUAAUGAUUUUUAUUCAAUAAAUCCUAUAAAUAGAGCAAUGGGAUCUUUCAAAAAAAUCUUAUUAAGAAGAAGGAAAUUUAAAUCUAAGAAUAAGAAAAAUAAAAUAAAAGAUAAACAAAGUAGAAGAUUACAUUCAAAAUAUAAUAGAUUAGAUGGUGAUGAUAAUUUAGUGCAUGAAAGUAAAGAUGAUUUAUUUUUAGAUAGACAUCAUGGUAUAAGAAGUGAUGAUGUUGAAUUACAAGCAUUAAAUGAUUUAGAUUAUGAGCAGGCUUCAUAA